AUUCCUCGCUGCAUGUAAAUAAAAAUUCAGGAAAUACUUCCUCUUCCCUGUCGAAGCCGAUUUAUAUCUCUUUUUCUUCGUGCUUGCGGUAUGACGUCCACGGCAAGACCCAGCAGGCCACCUCCCCCUGUUCCAAAGCCAGGUCAUGUUAAGGUAGUGAGAGCCCUGUAUCACUAUGAUGCUCAACAGAGUGAUGAAUUGUCUUUUGAGGAAGGUGAUACAUUGUAUAUUCUUGAUAUGAGCAACUCUGACUGGUGGAAAGCCAAGUGUGGAGACAAAACGGGACUUAUUCCUAGUAAUUACGUGGAUAAGAAUACAGAAGUUAUUGACUACCCUUUACACGAAGCGGCCAAGCGUGGAAAUAUUACUUUUAUGAGGGAAUGCAUAUCAAAUAAUGUUUCUGUAAAUGCCCUAGAUAAAGCUGGAUCCACCCCUCUACACUGGGCAGCACAUGGAGGACACAUUGAUUGCAUGCAGAUGUUGCUUAACUCUAAGUGUCAGGUCAACGUUCAGAAUAAGUUAGGAGAUACCCCAUUGCACUCUGCGGCCUGGAAGAAUCAUGCAGAGGCUGUCAAGCUGUUAAUUGAGAAAGGUGCCAGAGUGGAUAUUAAGAACAAUGAGAACAGACUACCUCUGGAUCUCACCAAAGAUCCUGAAUGUGCAGCUUUAAUUAAACAAGCAGCUGCUCCCAGGAAUAGCUAUACUAAUGAUUACGGGGAUGACGAGGACUCCGAUUAGAGAGACUUCAUACUUUGAUACAGUCUUAUCAUAAUGGUGAAAACUUAGGUUGAUUCCUAAAACUCCCAGCACGUUGUGCAGCCAGUGCUAUGGGUACUCUUUGUAAUACAGAGGCAUUCUUUUUUGUAUGUUGGUGUGCAGCAUUCCUCUUUUCAUGUUAGUACUGUUACAUGGAAGUUUAAAUUUUAUAUUAGGUAUAUUUUUUUCACUAAUUAUGCAUGAAAAAUUCUUACAAGAAAGGUUUAUUGGUAAUUUAUUAUUCGUAGUCACAUCUUGGUUAUUUCUCAUGCUGGAUUUGUAUUUCAAGGAAAAAUUUUUUUGUAUACAGUGCAUACAUGUGUUUUAAGAGCUAUAAAGAGCAAACUGCAUUUAUUUUAUGCAGUUUUAAUGGUCAUCUGUAUUUUUUGUAGAGAUCUUUGUAAAAGUAUUUAAUGUGCAUCUGUUGAUAUUGUCAUGUAAUUUAUGCAACCUAAACUAUUCCAGUGUCUUCCAGUAAUGUUCAAGAAAGUUAUUUUAAAAAUGAAAUGAAUCUCAAAUUAUUAUACACGAAGUUUAAAUCCAGAAUUUCUUUAAAUUAUUAAAUUUUUCAAGCAUAUCCAAAAUAAAAUUUAUUUUGGCUUUUUUCUAACAGUAAAUCUUUGGAUAUUUUCUUUUUAAAUAUAUUUUAUUUUACACACAGAAUAUGCUUACUCCUGUAUAUAGGUCACCUUAACAAAUUCUCUGAUCAGGUUCCCCAGUAAUUUUUGUACAUACCAGAAAAUUAUUUAACUUACAAGCUUCCUGCGCAUGUCAUUGUGUUUAUUUUUUUUCACUCAUCUCCAUUCAAUAUUGUUAGUAAUUGAUGAUUGUAUCAUGUUAUUUAUUGAAAUUAUUGAAAGGUUAGUUUAUCUAUUUACAAAUUUCCUGUUUUUGAUUGGUGAUUUUAGCUCACCUGAGCCAAAAAGCUUUUCUUAAAUCAUCUAUGUAUCUUUAUAUAAUGCCAUAUGUUACAUGUUUGAGUGUCUGAUAUAAACAUCUCACAAUU